CUGCUACUUCCGUUUAGCAUGUCUCACUGAUGUUGCCGCUAGUAGGGGUGGUCGUUAUUUGUUUACAGCUUGGUUGCUCCUCUACCUAAACAAGAAAAGAGAAAGUGCACGAGAUAUCCUCAUCAGGCUCCAACGGAUUGUAAACCAGCGGUAUAAUCAUGGCAACCCCAAAAGAGAUGGCUCAACAACGAUCUCCGGUCAGACCAUCAGCGGCUUUGGUUUUCGCCACAUCUCCGUCAGCUGUAAGACGACAUGAGGGCAGUCAUUUGUCUUCUUCGGCACACCAAACAAUAACACCAAAGCCAAUGUGGGCGCCUCUUGAAACCGAUGCUCCCAUCACGCUAGCGUCACAAAACAACGAUGAAGUCUACGUCUGCAAGCUUUGUAGCGGCUGGUAUGAAACUAAGAAAGGUCUGUCCAGCCAUGCCCGUUUCCAUUUACGGCAGAUCGGAAUCCCUGAAAGUGAGAUCCAGGGCAGCCCUAUUGACUUUUUGUACCAGAUCAUGAAUGAGGACAAGCUCAAGUCCGUCAGCAAGGAUCAGCAGGAGCCCCGUUCUCCAAACAGUCUACUUGGGACUCCCAGUAAACGUCCCUCAGAAGUGUCCACUUCACCCACGUCUCUUCCUUGUAAGCGACCAAGACCCUCAGAGAUGUGCACCUGUACUCUCUGCGGGGAGAAAUGUAAAAACCGAAGAGGUCUGGCCAGCCAUGCACGCUCUCACCUGCGCCAGAUGGGGGUGCUUGACCUACUGGGGAAGGCAGAGUCAGCUAUCGACACUGUCCAGGAUCUGGUGAACAGUGGCGUGUUGGAAACCAUGCGCCCAUCUAAAGUGAAAAGUACGUCCAGCUCCAACACGAUUCCUUCUUCAGCACCAACGUCCCCACUACCUUCACCGCCUCGAUCUCCAGUCAUAGGGCAAUCUAGACCCUCCUUUUCCCAGAGCCCCGCAAAGUCUCCCCAGAUUCCAGUCAAUCGGGCUCCAAAGGCUAAGAAGGGUUUUCGUCUGGCAGUGGACCCCCUCCUCAAAAAGCCCAAGCCGGAGCCUUUUGAGGUUGAUGUUUCUGCAGUGAUUGGAUCCAGCUGUAGCAGCAGCAUCACCCCCACUCUGACCUCAUCACCUCCUGUUACUUCUUCACUGUCUCUCAGUGCAGUAUCUGCAACAGAUGAACAAUCGCCACCAACAGUCCUUUGCGACUAUUGCGGUCAGCUCUUUGAGACCCGCAAAGCCCUCUCGUGCCACGCCCGCGCCCACCUGCGUCAGCUUGGUCUCUCCUGGUCAAUCAAGACGUCGCCUAUUGAUAUCCUCUAUGAUGUUAUGAUGCAGGGUGAAAACAAUGAUAAGGGCUUUUUUCCCGGUGAGGCUACAUUGUUAAAGAAAGCCUCCAUCAGCCCUCAGCGUUCUAAAAGGACAUCGGAGACAACCUUAAACUCCUGCUCCUCACCUCUGGAUUACUCAAUGAAAGAGAAGACUCCAAGUGGCAAGAGUGAGGCUUUGAUCAUAGACAAAUCCUGCGAGGUUUGCGGCUUCGUUUUUGAAAACCGCACAGCGCUGGCCAGUCACGCACGGGCCCAUCUUCGUCAGCUGGGCAUUAGUGAAUGGAAGGCGGAAGGGGCGACUUCGCCGAUCGAACACCUGAGCGAGGUGAUGCAGAAGCACCCUGCCAAGGUGGCUGCUCUCAGAAAGCGCUAUCGAGAGGGAGACCUGAGCAUCAAGAAGAAAGGGUCUUCAUUAUACUAUAUUUCGCCAGACUCUGAGUCUUUGCCUGCUCCCAACAUGAAGAUUUCUGGACAUUCAUUAGGCAAAGAGGACCAGGGCGUUUCUCCUGGUUCAUCCAAAAAGCCACCAGGCCACACCCACCCUGAAACACCAUGCGGAAGCACUGGUGUGCGCUCUCCAAGAGAACGUACAGUCCCGAAACAACCUCCACCUGCAGAAGAAGAAAAUCAAGACACCAACUCCCAGCAUCAAUCAAAAUCCGGCAACAUCCCGGCUCUGCUGCCCAAACCUCCUUUAACUCCUUUGGUCAAACUAGUCGGGAAAGUUUACUCCCUCAAGUGCAGGUUUUGUGAAAAAGUGUUUCACGGGCCACUGUCUGUCCAAGAGCAGUGGAUCACACACCUGCAGGAACACAUCCUCUCUCUGGGCUACAAAGGCAAAGAGUCUCCUCCUGCAGCUUCAGUCGCUUCUGCUGCUCUGAUGCAUCCAGUCGCUGUUUAGUUUCAACAACUCUCCCAAAAGAGAAGUAUGGAUGGAUCAAUAUGUGCUUUUUUUUCAAACUUUAUUUCAACAAAAAAUACCUGCCCUUUACGGUUCUAUUUAAAGGGGACCUUUUUCGCUAAAACCACUGUUCUUACCUAUUGGUACCGGUUUUUGUGUAUUUGGGAUCUGCUUUAGUCCCGGAAAAUUAAAAUCAGGCCGUGGAGGCCUUGCCGAGAUAUUUAUAAAAUAAUCUUCGUACUUCCGCUAAACGAGCUUUUUGGAAUUUGGUAUGGUAGAAACUUACCAGAAUAAUUCACCAUUUUAAAAAUAUGUUUAAAAUAUAUGUUUGUAGUCUGCCCGACAACAAGCCCAAAGUAUGAGCCGAGGAACAAAAAUGCUCAAUUUAAUUUGUUGUAUUAACCAACAUGUCACUCCACACACCUCCAGUUUUAUUUGAAGAACUAAAUUGCCUGGCUAACUUUUUCCAUGUGUCUUUAACUUGGGCGAAGUAUUUCUUCGUGUGUGCCGACCACUUCAAAGAUUCCCGCUUCACAAACAUACGACAAUAUAAAGAUGGAUUUAUUAACAGUAAAUUGGCAUUGUUUGAAAGAUACAUUAGCAAUGUUAGUUUGAAGUGUAGUUUGUAGCUUAACCUUAUAAUUUAGAACCACAGCUCCACCAGUCUGCGGGAAUAUAAAGAAUGAUUUUCCUACGACAUACUUUUGAGGAUAAGAUAAAUGGGGCGACAGAUACGAUAUGAACCAUUGACAUGCGUUCAUUUCUAGCCUUUUCUUACAAAGUUUCUUCAUCGGUUCCUUUUUGCUCCAGGUCUGACUCUGGAUCGUACGUAUUAUUGGAUGUUAAAAUACUUACUUAAGGAUAAGAUAAAUGGGGCGACAGAUACGAUACGGCGUGGCGCAGUGGGGAGAGUGGCUGUGCGCAACACGAGGGUCCCUGGUUCAAUUCCCACCUAGUACCAACCUCGUCACGUCCGUUGUGUCCUGAGCAAGACACUUCACCCUUGCUCCUGAUGGGUGCUGGUUGGCGCCUUGCAUGGCAGCUCCCUCCAUCAGUGUGUGAAUGGGUAAAUGUGGAAGUAGUGUCAAAGCGCUAUGAGUACCUUGAAGGUAGAAAAGCGCUAUACAAGUACAACCCAUUUAUUUAGAUGCGUUCAUUUCUAGCCUUUCUUCCGAAGUUUCUUCAUCGGUUCCUUUUUGCUCCAGGUCUGACUCUGGAUCGUACGUAGUAUUGGAUGUUAAAAUACUUACUUAAGGAUAAGAUAAAUGGGGCGACAGAUACGAUAUGAACCAUUGACAUGCGUUCAUUUCUAGCCUUUUCUUACAAAGUUUCUUCAUCGGUUCCUUUUUGCUCCAGGUCUGACUCUGGAUCGUACGUAUUAUUGGAUGUUAAAAUACUUACUUAAGGAUAAGAUAAAUGGGGCGACAGAUACGAUACGGCGUGGCGCAGUGGGGAGAGUGGCUGUGCGCAACCCGAGCGUCCCUGGUUCAAUUCCCACCUAGUACCAACCUCGUCACGUCCGUUGUGUCCUGAGCAAGACACUUCACCCUUGCUCCUGAUGGGUGCUGGUUGGCGCCUUGCAUGGCAGCUCCCUCCAUCAGUGUGUGAAUGUGUGUGUGAAUGGGUAAAUGUGGAAGUAGUGUCAAAGCGCUUUGAGUACCUUGAAGGUAGAAAAGCGCUAUACAAGUACAACCCAUUUAUUCAGAUGCGUUCAUUUCUAGCCUUUCUUCCGAAGUUUCUUCAUCGGUUCCUUUUUGCUCCAGGUCUGACUCUGGAUCGUACGUAUUAUUGGAUGUUAAAAUACUUACUUAAGGAUAAGAUAAAUGGGGCGACAGAUACGAUAUGAACCAUUGACAUGCGUUCAUUUCUAGCCUUUUCUUACAAAGUUUCUUCAUCGGUUCCUUUUUGCUCCAGGUCUGACUCUGGAUCGUACGUAUUAUUGGAUGUUAAAAUACUUACUUAAGGAUAAGAUAAAUGGGGCGACAGAUACGAUACGGCGUGGCGCAGUGGGGAGAGUGGCUGUGCGCAACCCGAGCGUCCCUGGUUCAAUUCCCACCUAGUACCAACCUCGUCACGUCCGUUGUGUCCUGAGCAAGACACUUCACCCUUGCUCCUGAUGGGUGCUGGUUGGCGCCUUGCAUGGCAGCUCCCUCCAUCAGUGUGUGAAUGUGUGUGUGAAUGGGUAAAUGUGGAAGUAGUGUCAAAGCGCUUUGAGUACCUUGAAGGUAGAAAAGCGCUAUACAAGUACAACCCAUUUAUUCAGAUGCGUUCAUUUCUAGCCUUUCUUCCGAAGUUUCUUCAUCGGUUCCUUUUUGCUCCAGGUCUGACUCUGGAUCGUACGUAUUAUUGGAUGUUAAAAUACUUACUUAAGGAUAAGAUAAAUGGGGCGACAGAUACGAUAUGAACCAUUGACAUGCGUUCAUUUCUAGCCUUUCUUCCGAAGUUUUUUCAUCGGUUCCUUUUUGCUCCUGGUCUGACUCUGAAUCGUACGUAUAAAUGGAUGUUAAAAUUAAUUACUGUUGCCGUUAAUUUUUCAGCUUAAAAAUAAAUAUACUUAGAAUAAGAGAUUUUUCAGUGUUUUGCUUGUGGAAAGCAACUCUUUUAAACUACAAAUAUGGCCGCAGAGGCGGGGACAUAGGUUCAGUCAGCGGGAGGGGGUUAGGUGGGGCAGCUAAAAAGUGGCUUGAAGAUAUGUCUUGACAGCAAAAUGUAUGCAAAAUUAUGACCAAAUAACCAUAAUUACAUGUUAUGUAGACCACUGUACCCCAACCACCGGUCCGUGACACAUUUGCUACCUGGCCGCACAGAAACAAUAAUUAAUUUAUAAACUACCGCAUUUUCUCUUACUUAAUUUUUGCCUCUCCCACUAAACCAGGGGUGUCAAACUCAUUUUAGAUCGGGAGCCACAUGGAGAAAAAUCUACUCCCACGUGGGCCGGACUGGUAAAAUCACGGCACGAUAACUUAAAAAUGUGUUCGAUAAAACAUUUAUGUUGUUUUUUUUACAUUUAACAUGUUGUGGUUAGUAGUAUUCUAUCUUUAUUUGUCGUUAUUUUUACUUUCUGAAUAAAUUAUGUGACAAUGUUCACCAGUCAACUCAUUGGUGUUAAUUUUAUCCAUCAAGAUAAAAAAAAUAUCAAAAUCAAAUUACAGAAUUGUAUUUAUUUAGUGUUCUCAUUUUCCUUGACUGGUGUACUAACAUGUGGUUUCUUUUUUGUACAUAUGUAGCAUAAUCUACAAUGAAUUGCUAUAGUGACAUCUAGUGGACACAUUUAGAACAGCAGUUUCUUUUAUUAAGCUUAGCAAUCUUAUCCCGGGGGCCAGAUCCAGCCCGCGAGCCGUACGUUUGACACCCCUGCCCUAAACACACCAAUAAGCUUGUUAAUAGAUGUAUAUUACAUCGCCUUUGUUGUAGUUCAAGGGACAAUGCACAUUAUUGGACAUAUACAAUGUUAAUGUGCCAGAUUGUAGCCAAAGGUAACAUUUUUAGCAAAUUGUUUUGCCCUUUUUAUCUGCAAAAGCAGGUCUGUGAAAAUAAUGCAUCUAUUUAACUGGUCCCUAAUGGAAAAAAUGUUGGGGAAAGCAGAUGUAGACCAUGUUGAGAGUACCACUUCAGAAAUCAUUAGGCUUUCCACGUACCACCAUAAUGACUAACAUUAGAAAACAGUAGCGGAGCAGGCGUAAGUAUUCAUUAAAAACAAGGCAGAGGUUUUAUUUAACAAGUAUUUCAUGGCCACUGUAAGAUGACACACAGUUUGAACAGUAACACUGUGCUAGGAUAUAGGAAAAUAAAAGGUUGUACUUUAAUCAAGUGAUUCUUUGGCGUGCCACAGGAUGGAGCCUGUACCACAAUUUGUGAUGUAGACCAAAAAAAAAAGUGUUUUGAAAAUAGAAAAAUAAAACUUCAUACUAGGUCCCCUUUAAAUGAAUAGCCCAAAGUUUUGCUGCUGGAUUUUAAGCAAUUUUAUGAGGGACCAAACCUUGCACCACAAACAUUUUUAAAGAGUUUACUGUGACAAAUGUUCAAAAGAGUCUUUUACUUAAACAUUGUCUUGCCAAACUGGACUUUCUGUACUUAAGAUAGUCUGCAGGUACAGAAUAAAUGUUUUUCUCUACUCUUUUUAUUAUAUUUGCUCAUUUUCACUACUGUACAUGUAAAUUAAAUCUGUCUAGUGUA